UCAUCAUCAAGAAGAAUCCGGAGUAGAACAAGAAAUGCAAGAAAUGGAAGAUCAGGCAAUAGAAGAAUUUUUGAAGAUUACAACUAUACUGGAUAAAAGAGUUUCUGAUCAGAUUUAUUCCCUACCACCUCAUAGAAGAUGUGCAUCUCACACCCUCAAUUUGAUUGCAACUAAAGAUGUCUACAAACAGAUUGAUGCUUCACUUAAAAAUCUAAAGGAAUCAACUGAAUCAAAAAUGAAACAAAUCUGGAACAAGCAGAGUCGAAGUACAAAGGCUUCUGACGAAAUAGUAAAAAAACUGGACGGACUAUUUAAGAUUCACAACGAGACUCGUUGGAACUCCUUCUUCGAUGCUGUCGAUAGAUUCCGAAUUUUCAUCAACAAUAGGAAAAGUGACUUAAGGAUGUGUUCAACCAUUUCAAUGUGCCAUACUUUCGGCCUGCAGAAGAAGACUAUAUUCGUGAAUACGUCAAAAUUAUGCGACCGCUGACUGAGGCCUUGGACAUUUUACAGGCAGACAAGAAAGUCUCAAUUGGUUAUUUACUGCCAACUCUGACUAUUUUGAUGAACAAGAUGGAGUCUCUUAGAAGGAAGACUGGAAUUGUACAUUGCAAAGCGUUUAUUUCAUCCAUUAUCACCGCUUUGAAUUGUCGAUUUGCGCAUUGCUUCAACGAUGAAGAUCUGUGUUUAGCUGCAAUGGUGCAUCCAAAAUUUAAAUUAAGCUGGAUCAAGGAAGGUGAGAGAACUGACAUGCUGGAAAAGCUGAAUUUAUCGUUUGAGACGUUUUCCACUGAUUCAAACCCAAGUUCUUGUCGUAGAGUAGUGAGCGAAGACAGCGACGCCAGUCCAAACAAGAAAAAGAAUUUUUUUGAGUCACUUUAUCGGUCAUCUUCCAUCCCAUCUACGUCUGAACUUGAUAUGUUUUUAGCUGAUCAAUCUACAAAAACAAAUUCUCUCUUGAAAUUUCCAACAAUCAAGGAAAUGUUUUUGAAGUUUAAUGCAGCAUUGCCUUCUUCGGCAUCUGUUGAACGUUUGUUUAGUGUUGGCGGAAGUAUCUUCCGACCAACUAGAAAUAGGUUGUCAGAUGCCAACUUUGAGAAAAUGUUAUUUCUUAAAGUAAAUAGCAAAUUGUAGAGUAGAACGUAAUAAUAAAAGGAUUCAGGCAUUUAUUUAUUUUUCAUGUAACGCAAAUUGUACCGCUACCGCGGUAUUACCGCAAUACUUUUACCGCUACCGUUACCGCUACCGCAUUUUUU